GGAGAUAGCAAAGGUUAGUGAGAGGCUCGGCCUGGGGGUGGGGAGAAGGCACCCUCCACCUGCUCUCCUGCCACUCUCCAGAGGACCCUCGGUCUGGCUCCCCCCAGUCAUGGAGGCCUCUGACGAGCCCACCAGGUGCCCUGCCCGAGGGACAUGCCCAGUGUUCUUGGCCAUGAGCUCAGGGACUGUCUGCUAUGCCCCAUCAGACCUGUGCCCUGCACUUGAGAAGAAUUUGGGAGAGGAGCCCUGGAACACAGAGAGCCAGCCCCAGCCAGACGAGGGCCUCCCACCGCCCCUUACAGCUGUCCCGGUCCCCUGGAAGAGUGUCGGGCCCUGCAAAGGCUGCAGGGAGACCCCGGGAGCUGUGGUGGAGACCUCUGCAGGGGAGGAGGCCCAAGGUGAGGAGGGGCCUGCAGCUGCCCAGCUGGACGUGUCGCGCCUGCGCAGCUCUUCCAUGGAGAUCCGCGAGAAGGGCUCGGAGUUCCUGAGAGAGGAGUUGCACAAGGCCCAGAAGGAGCUAAAGCUGAAGGAUGAGGAAUGUGAGCGGCUGUCCAAGGUGCGGGAGCAGCUGGAACAGGAGCUGGAAGAGCUGACAGCCAGCCUAUUCGAGGAAGCCCACAAGAUGGUUCGAGAAGCCAACAUGAAGCAAGCAGCAUCAGAAAAACAGCUCAAGGAGGCUCGCGGCAAGAUCGACAUGCUGCAGGCGGAGGUGACAGCCUUGAAGACACUGGUCAUCACGUCCACACCAGCCUCUCCCAAUCGUGAGCUCCACCCCCAGCUGUUGAGCCCCACCAAGGCCGGGCCCCGGAAGGGCCACUCACGCCAUAAGAGCACCAGCAGUGCCCUCUGCCCUGCCGUGUGCCCUGCUAUCGGACACACUCUCACCACAGACAAGGAGGGCAAAGAGGUGGACACAAUCCUGUUUGCAGAGUUCCAGUCCUGGAGGGACUCACCCACCCUGGACAAGACUUGCCCCUUCCUGGAAAGGGUGUACCGGGAGGACGUGGGCCCCUGCCUGGACUUCACGAUGCAGGAGCUCUCGGCGCUGGUACGGACUGCUGUGGAGGACAACACGCUCACCAUCGAGCCCGUGGCUCUGCAGACACUGCCUACAGUGAAGGUGGAGUGUGGCAGUGCCAACACAUGUGCCCUGAGUGGGCUUGGGGACUCCGAGAGCCACUACUACAUUUCGCCAUCCUCCCGGGCCAGGAUCACCGCAGUGUGCAACUUCUUCACCUACAUCCGCUACAUCCAGCAGGGCCUGGUGCGGCAGGACGUGGAGCCGAUGUUCUGGGAGAUCAUGAGGCUGAGGAAGGAGAUGUCGCUGGCCAAGCUCGGCUUUUUCCCCCAGGAGGCCUAGCACACGGUCCAGGCCUGGAGGGGGCUCUGAGUGGAGCAAACACCUGCCCCAGGACGCCAGUCGGGAAGACAGGUUCCUGCCCGAAGCCAGAGCCGAAGAACAGACCAGUGGCCAGGCCACGGAGACAGGGCAGAGCCAGCAAUGGACGUCCAUUCCAGGACAGACGCAGGGACAGACCGCUUGGGCUUCAUGAGGUGACCCCUCUUCUCUGCGUUCUGCAACCACCAGGAGGCUUUCAAGAAAGCGUGAAAGGCCAAGAAGCUUGGAGCCGUACUCUGAGAGCUCAGCCCUUGGGAGGGGACCCCUGGGCCAGCCAGCACUCCCCACCCAGCCCCCGCAGCAGCUAUCUGCAGGUGCCUUGUUGCCACCACCUUCGCAGAGAGGGACUGUCCUGGCUUGGCUGCAUCUCCAGGACAUCCAGCGCUGCAGUUCCCAAGCCCUGGCCUCUAUCACCCCCUGGUGGCCAUCCCUCAGCCAGUUCCCAGGUGGCUUCCCUGUUGGACUGCCCCAGUCACCUGUGCCGUCCCAAAGGCCCACAGGCAGCAGAGCUAGGGAGGGCUGGCAGGGCUCUCGCAGCUCUCUCCGGCCUGUGUGUGGUUGAGAACUGCCCCAAAGUGUUCUUACGAUGUCAGGGCCCAUCCUCCCUCCCUUCUUCUCUUGACCUCACCUGUCACCUGCCUUCCUAAUCGCAGGCCUGUGCUCCAGGAGGCCCUUCUCUGAAGUCUCUGGAAGGAUUGGGGCACUCUUCUCCCAAAGUGAAGAGACAGAGCUUGUGGGUGGCCGUUCAGACAGCAAGGGCCCCUGCAGGUAGGGCAGGGCUGGGGCAGACAGGACUUCACCCUCCCUCAGCCAUUACAGCCCACUCAGGAUCAGAGUUAGGGCCUCCCACCUGGACACAUCCCUCACCACAUUCGGAUUUCCUUCUCUGGAUGGAAUGUAACGCGAUCUCUAUUUAAUAAAGGAAGGCUUUGUUGGUA